UUACUUGAAGUACACAGCCACCACAACUGUCCAAGACCACACCACUCUCCAGGUGGCCGGCUUCGCCAUUCUCACCAUCGCAUGGAUCCUCAGCAGCACGUCCAUGGGCCUCGUGGAAUGGCGCGUGUGCCACAUGGAUGACCCUUCGUUCUUCUCGUCUGUUGUCUGCGUGGGGAUGUGGAGACUCUGCAUUUAUAGCCACGAAGGCAACUUCAGCAAAACCAAAAAGUGUUACCUGUACCGCAACACCUUCCUCCCUCCCGACAUUCGCAUAGCUCAGUACCUCCUGCUGGCCACCAGCACGCUGGGGCUCCUGGGGAAAGCCUUCGCCAUCCUGGGACUCAGGAAGGUGCACGUGGGAAGCCCACCCGAGGACAGGGCCCGCACACCCUUCAUCACUGCGGGACUUUUUACCAUGGCGGCUUGCGUCUGCAUAUCAGUGGCUGUCUUCCGGAACUUCCACUCCAUCAUGAAUGAACAGAGCAUGUACUUUCCACUGUCCUUCCAGGUGCCCUUCCAGCCUGGCAACCAGCAGAUGGGGAGCACCAUGGUAGUGGCCACGCUAGGCGCCCUCCUGCUGUUGUUAAGUGGGAUAUUUUUCCUUUCCUACCGUUAUCCCCUGGACAUCCAAGUGCAUCCUGACACCUGAAAAGCAAAGCCAGGUUGCACUGGUUUGGCAAAUCCAAGAGUCCCGGGAAUGUAUGGAAAGUAUUAUCAGGUAGUUCAAGGACAAGUAAUUCUACGGCAAAGGUACCCAGGGGCAGAAUGCGGCCACAGGUCCUUCCAUUAUCUUCUGUGUCCGAAUUUGGUUCGUUGAUUGGUUGGAAUGGAAGCUUAUUAAAAACUAAAAACAAAAAA